CAAACAGGAAGGCAGCUGCUGUCUCUUUCAGAAGAAAGCAUCUAAGAAAAGUUUGUAAUCGUUUUAAAAAUAAGAGGAAAUGUUUUUAUUUGUUUGUGAUGAAGAGGAUUCUCCUCUUCAUCUAGGCUCCUCCUCCUCAGGGAUAAAAAGACGAAUCAGACGAAGUUUUUAUCGACUAAAGAGACGAAGAUACAGAAAAAAUCAGGUUGUAUCAUUGUGAGGAGAUGAAGCUGAUUGUGUUGUUGUGCGUCGUCGCUCUGAUCUCUGUUGACUGUCGACCUGCCGUGGCUCCUCCCUCCCACCGUCGGCUCCUCCUUCCCCGACCGCUGCUGGUCCACCUGGGGGAGGAGUUUUCCCUGCAGCUGGCGGGAGGCUCCUCCUCUUCAUCAGUGAACCAGGCUCUGCUGGAGCUGACACAGCGCCCCCUGCAGGCCGGGGUGAAGGAGAAGAGGUCGGAGGAACCCCCCAUCUCCCUGGACCUGACGUUCCACCUGCUCAGAGAGGUUCUGCAGAUGGCGAGGGCCGAGCAGAUCGCCCAGCAGGCCGACAGCAACCGCAGGAUGAUGGACGCCUUCGGGAGAUAAAGAUCACGUGAUCGGAGUUUAUUCUCUUCAAACAAGUGACACUAACGACUUUGUACUAAAUGGAACAAAUCAAAUGAAAUUCAAAUGAAAUGUUGGAGUGAGCCCUCUCUGCUGAGAUCUAUGUUGUUGGAUGGAUCUGUCUAAUAUCUGGAUUCUCUGUUAUAAUAAAACAGGUGUGAUCAUUACAGAACAUUUGAAUUAAAACUGUGCAAACA